AUGACCACUGGUCCACUCACAGCAAAGGUGCCAUCUCCUUACGAGGCCACGAACCUGGCCUUUUCUGAAUCUAAAAACAGAAGCGCUCAGGUGAAUGAUUGCGAAACAGAGACCAGCCUUUGCAGUGCAGCCGUGUCCCAUGUUGCUCCCUCUUCUCAGGGGAUGGCCAAGGUCCAGGAUGGACACACAAAUGCAUGUGACAGCACUGCCAUGUUAGAGGAGAGCCAGGAUGGUAUGGACAGUGGUACCCUAAGUCCUGCCUCAGCUCGACAGGUCACCAUCCAGCGCCACCCAACUCAAGGCUUCGGCUUCAUCGCGGGAAGUCAGAGGCCCGUAAUCGUACGCUCCGUCUCCGCCGACGGCCCCUCUUUUGGCAAGCUUCUCCCAGGGGACCAGAUCUUGGCCAUUAACGAGGAGACGGUGAGCGACGCGCCCCGAGAGAGAGUCAUAGACCUUGUAAGCAACAUCAACCGGCUCACUUUAGAGGAGACGGUCACAGGCAUGUAUCAUGCUCUGACUUCCUAUCUAACACCUGCCUUGUCUUUCUCCUCUGAUCCACAGUCACCUAAGUCUGCCUUCAUAAGUGCAGCCAAAAAGGCACGCCUGAGAACAAACCCGCCCAAAGUGCGCUUUUCAGAACAAGUGUCUAUCAGCGACCCAGACUCAACAAUGCUCAAGGACGACUCCUUGCUACUCAUACCAAAUGUGUUGAAGGUGUUCCUGGAGAAUGGACAGAUAAAGUCUUUCACAUUUGAUAGUCGUACCACUGUGAGGGAUGUGAUUUCGUCCCUGCAGGACCGCCUCUCACUGCGCUACAUCGAGCACUUUGCCUUGGUGCUGGAAGCUGGUGGUCUUGACCAGAAUCAGAAGUUAUAUCUGCUGCAGGAAAACCAGCCACUGACACAUAGUCGUAAUGACGUCAUCAAGGAGCGCUUUGGAAUGGACUGGAAGUCAGACAUCACGUUGCGAUUGGCUGCGCUCCAUAUCUACAUCACUGUGUCCUCAGCAAGGCCCAACCAGAAGAUCUCUCUCAAGCAUGUCGAAAAAGAGUGGGGAUUGGAGCCUUUUCUUCCACUCACUCUUCUUCCAACAGUGAAGGAGAAGAAUGUGUGCAAAACCCUAUCUCAGCUGCUGAAGACAUAUCAACAUCCACCACCAUCAGGAAACAAGGAUGAGAAACAAUCUGCAACAACGCUAUUGGUGGGCCCACGACAUGGUAUCAGCCACGUGAUUGACCUGAAAAACAACCUCACAACAGUUCUGGCCGAGUUCAGUAGGGUUUCCAAGAUCCAGCUCUAUCGGGAGAGCCAAGGAGUGGCCCGUGUGGAGAUUACAGAAGCUCCCACCAUCCCCAUCCACGCUCUGGGGCAACUGGAUUGCAAAGUGGAGGACGGCGAGGGGACGAGAGGGAAAUCUCACACAGGGAGUCAGGAUGCUCAAGAGCCCUAGUUUCUGCAGAGCCUCAGCAUUUAGGCUUGUGUCAUGUUCAUCUUCGAGAACAACAAUUUCAAGAGUUGCAAACACAUGCUCAGGCUGAACUCGACAUCAAUGAGAACUUUAUUUCCCCAGAGGCCCCUGGCCGUCCCCGCACCAAGUCAGAUCCCACACAGGAGAGUACAGAAGAUAUAGCUGCUGUUUCAGAGAGCCCAGCGGUGGAAAAAGUGGGAUUUCGAGUCAGAGCUCAAACAAUGGGUCAAUCCCAGAAAACGCGUUACUUUUGUGACUCCUGCAAAGCUAGGCUUAGGGCAGAGGGUUUGUCCACAGCAGUUACCGGCAGUGGGAGCUCAGGGAAGCAUUGCUCCAGUGCAUGUGCCUCCCGAGAUGGAGGUGCAGUUGACCUUAUGGCCCUACCACCUCCAGGAAAUGAAGAAGAGGACGAUGAAGGGGUAGAUGAUGAAGAAGAGAAGCUCCAACCACCACCCCCAGCUAUUGCAGCCCCACCUCCUGGCUUUAGGGACAAUAGUUCUGAUGAGGAUGAUCCAAAGAGAGGCAGGAAGGCAAGAAGCAGUGCCAGUACUGGUGUGGCCUCUGGGAAGCCAGCUCAGGCCAAGGGAGACGUGCCUGUGACACUGAUUGAUAAUGUGGCCACCAGAACAGUCAGAGAUCACGCGCAGGAACUUGAUGACGCUCUGGUCUCCACCUUACAAGCACUUGAGGCUUUGGCAGCCUCUGAGGACUACCCACAUCAUCCUCAACAACCAACACAGACAGCAGGCCUGAUUGUCUUAGCUGCCAUCACACCUGAGUCAUCACUGGAUUCAGGUCAUGAGACAAAUUCCUCUGAACUGACAGAUGUCUCCGAGAUGGUGUCAGCAAUGAAGCAAAACCAAAACCAAGCCUACCUGCUGGCUCAUCAUAUCAACAAGGAGCGUAUUCUCUGCCGCCGUGACUUUCCUCUGGCUAUCCCUGGCUGCACAGCAAAGACCAUAGGGACUGGGGCCUUUUCUGUGGGGCAGAUACGUGCCGGCUGUCCACCCAAGCAAGUAAUCUUAAGCAAGACUGUUCCCUUUAAAGUCAGCCCCAGCCAAGAUUCAACGAUACUGAGUGUUUUGACAGAGCAAGGGAGCAAUCAAGACAUUACACACACUGACGAAAAAACUGAAUUAAAAGCAAUCUCUGAGUCUGCAAAAGGAAACCCCUCUGAUCCUCCUACUAAACCACCUGAAGAUAUCAAAGUGUCUGAAGCUUCACUGACGGCUCAAGUAAGUACAGAUCAUAAAUUUUCAAAUUCUUCGGGGGACAUGAUAGCUCAAAAUCUCCCAGAUGGUAUAAAGGAGAAGACGGCAACGACUCUUAAUACAGACCAUAUAAACAAAGCCUUACCUAUCAUCUUGCCUGUGGAUAGAACUGUUUCUGCCAAGAUUUCUUCCACUAAUAUGUGCCAAGAUGCCAAGACUGCCUCAAGUGAGACCAUGAAGCCUUCAAGCUCUUCAGAACUUCUACCAGUUGAUGAUCUUUUCUGCACGUGUCCUGUGCAGCAAGAUCCUGCAACACAAUUAAGGCUAAAAGAUCCACAGGUUGAGAAGAUAGUGGUGUUUCAGUCGUCCUCGCCAACAGAUGACGAGCGUCUUCGAGCCAAAGGCCUGCAGUUAGCUAACAGCAAAGAGGGCAAAGAACAUGCAGCAAGAGUAGGAGCAGAUCCUGGUUUGGCCAAACCAAACCCACAAAUACAAACUAAGUUCUCUCCUCAUUUGCCUGUAAAAGUGGAAAAAAAGGAAACAGCUGAGAGCAAAACUGAAAGUGCCCAUGGAAAAUCCCACCUUGAGUCACAGAAAUGUCACAUGAAAUCCUUACCAAUUUUAGAUGAUUUGACAACUGCAAGCCCCGUUGUAGAUAAAGUUUCCACUCUCCCAGCAAGAGAUGCAAAGAAGCACAGCACUGGUAAAAGCAAGUCCCAGCGAAGCGCUCCCUUCUUGAGCUUUAAAAGCCUACUUUCAGCCACCUUUCCAGCAAGAAUGCGAAAAGAAACAGAUGAAAGAAGGGCUCAGUUGCAGAAAGUUCGCCAGUACGAGCUGGAGUUCUUGGAGGAACUGUUGAAACCCAAGUCAUCACAGGGAGAAUUCUUGCCACAAGGAUCCUCGCCUGUGCCCUCAGGCACUCCCUGUGCCUGUCAACUCCGCACUAGUCCUGUCCUUAAGGCUCCAGGGAUCUCCAGGGAGCAACGACGCAGCUGUGACUGUAAGCGAAUGUGUAGGGGAAUGCGACUGCCAGACACCCCAGUUGGCACCACAAAAGAAAUGCAAAACAGAGGCAGAGAGAGAACCAUCUCAAACACCCCUCCAGCAGUCUCCAAAGUCCCACAUCCUCAAAGUGCCACAAGGAGACCUCAGACAUUGGAGAUCAAGACAACAAGAAUACGAUCAACAAGCCUUGAGUCAAGAGAGCCAAGGGGAGAACAGGCCUCUUGCUUACCCACCUGUACUUCCCAAACUGAUUGCAUGGGAGCGCCUCAAUAUAAAAAGCUCCAGAGACGAUACAGCUUUGGAGAACUGGAUAACAACACUAGCACACCUGUGUAUGCUGAGGUGAAACCGAAAACCAAAAGUCUCGAGAAGGAGAUGGAAAGAGUCCGGGCCACAGGACUUAGACUCCCUACCCCAGUAGAACCAGUCCACACUCAGUCUCACCAAGCAGAAGGAAAAGGGAAGAAGGGUGUAUUUUUCAUCCAGGGAGAAGAAUUACUGCGUGAAAGCAAAGAAGGCACCGGGGAAGUCCUACUGAACCUGCCAAGUGAAGACAGUGAUGACAAAGACAAAUGCUGCUCAUUCUGUUUCUGUUACCGAAAGUGUGAAGCUGCAGAUGAGAGCAGUGAGAAAGAUGAACUGUCAUACUCCAUACCCCUUCAGGUUCUACCAGGCAUGGAAGUGGACUCACGUACUUUUCCUGUUGUAAGCAAAACACUCCAGGUUCUUAAUGCAGAAGACUGCAGUGGGGAAGAAGAGGAAGAAGUGGAAGAGGAAGAAGAACCACAGACACAGGACAUAGACUUGAGAUCCUGUGGUACACUGGAGGGGAGCCUUGCACGGGUACACGCUCUUCAGGGGAAAACUUUUAGCUUGCCAGAUGGCUUCCUAAAUGCCCAGCUGAAUGCUAAUGAACUGCUUGCUAUCCUGCGACAAUGCGCUAGCAGCCCACAAGGUGAGGGUGAGACUCGUCUUCAGCCCUCACGGAUUACAGAGUACAAACAGGAGCUGGCACUGCGCUUCAAAGAGUUCAGAGCAUCGUGUCGAAGAGUGGCAAGUGUUGAAAAAAGCCCAACACGUAUGCUUGCUGUUGUCUCAUCCAGCUUUCAGGUGUUAUGUGAACUAACUCAGACCUUUAUCAAAUUGGUCCGAGGUGUUCGUUCAGAGACCCAAAGGCUGCAGCUAUUAAGAAAAGUGGAGGAAGUAGCGAUCAACUACACCUUACUUCUGCGUGCAGCAGAGGAGUCCAUGGGACACUCAAGCAGUUUGCCAACAAAGACAAUUAGUCCUCAAAUUUCCUCCAACGUCAAUAACAUGAGCUCGCUCACACGACCCAUGAAAACUCUGCCUGCCUAGUGAGAAAAGUCUGGCAGGAAUGUAAUCAGAGCAAUCCAACAUGUGGGUGCAACUCUGUCCAAAUUCAUUAUUUAUUUAUUGUUUACAAUUUUUACAAAAUGUGCAAUGAAUCAUCCUCAGUAAAAUUGCAAUGCAAAUGUUCCAUCCCAUGUUUACAAGUCCUGAGGUAGCCUUGUUUUGAAAUAUAGAUAUGCCAAACUGAUGCACAAUGGAAUAAGAACCCUAUAUAACAGACUGGGUAACACAGGGCUAAAUCACCUCAUAUCAGUACACAUAAUAUAAAUAAAUCAUUAUAAUAUAAUAUUUUAUAUGUACUAUAUAUUUGAGUUGUGUCUAUUUAGCAAAUAAUAUGAAGUUUUGUGAAAAAACGGUAAAGAGUAUAUUUGAAAUGUAUUAAGUUGAGAGACCCAUGAAAAUCAUAACACGUCAAAAAUAAAUGUAUGUUUUGGCCGAAUAAUUUAAGAGAUCUUGUUAAGUAGCCACUUCUGUGAACUGCAUAGUCCAAAGGGUCAGUGGGUUAGAUGGUGAUGUGUUUGUUUGUGGAAUUUGCUAACUGUUGUAAUGCAAAAUUGAUCUCUUUUGGCAGUGUUGGCACUGUCUAACAUACAGAUAUGAGUCAAAAUAUAGGUGAGAAAGUUGGAAAAUGAAAAUCACUAAAAUACACGUAUGGCAUGCUUAACAAUAACUGACUGACAGCCCCAUUCUCUCAUUUCAUGAGUGCAGGUAUGAAAACCACCUGCUCAGGGCAGACAAUGUAGCAGAGCAUCGAGUCACGGUCGUAUUCACUGUACAGUAAUGAGGGUUACUCAACUGUAAAGAAGACAUGCCCACUAUGUAAUCAAUAACACGGUGCGUUUUACACCACCACAAAUCCAUGGCUCACUUCCAUCUCACCGGUUGUGAAUCAUACUUUUAAAUAUACAGUAGACAACUACUAGCAAACGAGUGAGCUUGUAACUAGGAUUUUGCACAACCUCUGACGUCAGUUCUGAAGCUUAAAUGUACCUUUUCUUCUGUGUUUCGAUUCAUCUGCCUGCUGAAAACAUCACCAGUCUUUCAUAAUUCAUCUUCUACAAGCUAACGUUGACACAUCUAAAAAAUAUUCUUAUGUUUUUAUUCAGGUUUUCCAAUACAACAUCAAAAACUGCUUUCUUUGUGCUGUUACACAAUGUGCAAUCUAGCAAAUAUUUAAGAAACCCACAAAGUAGUUUUCUAUGUAUUUUAAUAAAACUAACACAUCAUUUCCUGUCUGAAAUUCUUUGUGUCUCACCCCUUAGUACUCCAGAAAAAAAUCUGAAUUAACUUUUGCUGGCCAAUUAUGUAUACUGGAUAUACUGUCAAAAAAAAGUGCUACAAAACCAAAAUAACUGUGAUGACUGUUCUGCAACAAUGCAAACGGAAAAUAAAUCUUCUGUUUCUAGAAAUAAAAAAGAGAGUUUUCUGUCCUUUGACAAGUUUCGCUAUAACUAAAUAAAUCAAAAUAUUUUUAAAGCACUGUUUCACAUGUAAACAUUAUCCCAUACUAAAGUUCUAUAGUCACCUGAUAGUGUAAAUUAUAGAUAGGGCACUAAAUCAUUCUGUGUUAAAAAAAAUUACAAAUGUGACAAAAAAGCACCAUCCUUCAAAUUUUCCGAAUCACAGGUGAAAGGCUAAAUCUAACAAAAUGACACUACUUAAAAGUUUGACCUUUGGCUUUGUGAAACGUUUGUGUUGGUUUCAGAGCACACUUGCAGUGUUUACAGGCACUCUCUUUUAACAGUGUCUCCUCUGCCACUGAUGUGGCCUCUAUAUAGCCAUUACGUUGUAUUUCCCCCCUCGCUGUGCUGCAUGAUUUCCCUUGAGAGUUUCAGGGGCAACUACACUGGUAUUGAAGGAGAUGAUACUGUACAGACAUGAAAGUUAAACGGGUAAAAAAUAAUAGGGUAUGGUGAAAACAUACUUUAUAUAUAUAUACAGAUAUAUAUAUAUCUAUAUAGAUAUAUAAAUGUUUUGCAAAUGAUAUGGAAAUGUAUAAUUUUACACUGC